AUGACCAGCCUGCCCAACGAUGCCUCUCUACCAGACGAACUCAAUGCAUUUUCUGCACGCUUUGACAAUAACAACACCUUGCCGGGUGUGAGGGCCAUCAGCGACCCAGAAGAUUGGGUGAUCUCGCUCUCCAAGGCCAAAGUGAAUAAAAUCUUUAAUCAGAACAAUAGCCGCAAGGCUGCGGGGCCCGAUGGUGUUCCACGGUGCGUUCUCAGGGCAUGCGCAGAACAGCUGGCAGUCCACUCUGGGUCAAAUGGAGGGCCAUGCAAGAGGACAAACUGCGGGAGGGGCCGCCAGUGUGUGCUGCUGGAGUCGACGGGCCGGGCAGAGUGUGUGUGCCAGGAGAAGUGUCGACCCACCUUUGUGCCGGUGUGCGGCUCCGAUGGAAGGUUCUACGAGAACCACUGUGAGGUGUACCGCACCGCCUGCCUGCAGAAGAGACGGAUCUACGUCGUGCACAGCAAGGACUGCUUCUUCAAAGGAGACACGUGCACCAUGGCAGAUUACAACAAGCUGAAGAGCAUGCUGCUGGAUAUGCAGCCUAAAGGCCUGAAUGGCGAGGACAGGAACAUUAAGAGAGACAUGGACCAGAAGAGAGCCCUGGUGGACACCAUGUUUAAGUACCUGGACAUGGACGGGGAUGGCCGUCUGUGCAGCGACGAGCUGGAACAGAUCUCUAUGAAGGAGCACCUAGAAGACAGUCUGCUGGAGUGCACCAUGCAGGACCUGCUCCGCUACGAUGAUUACAACAACGACGGACACCUCACUCUGCACGAGUUCUACACCGCUUUUCAGGUAGUUCAGCUGAGCCUGGCUGAGGACCAGAGAGUGAGUGUCUCCACGGUAACAGUGGGCCUCAGCACCGUGCUGUCUUGUGCCAUCCAGGGAACGCUGCGGCCGCCAAUCAUCUGGAAGAGGAACGGGAUCAUACUCAACUUCCUGGACCUGGAGGACAUCAAUGACUUUGGCGAUGACGGCUCCCUCUACAUCACCAAGGUGACAACCAUUCAUAUGGGGAACUACAGCUGUCAUGCGUAUGGAUAUGAAGAGCUCUACCAGACCCAUGUACUGCAGGUGAAUGUUCCCCCAGUGAUCCUGGUCUACCCAGAGACGCAGGCACAGGAGCCUGGUGUGUCUGCCAGCCUGCACUGCCACGCCGACGGCAUCCCAGACCCUAAGAUCCUGUGGCUGAAGAACGGCAUGGACCUGCAGCCUAGACCCUCCAAGCAGCUCUCCCUCAUCGCGAAUGGGAGCGAGCUCCACAUUGGCAGUGUACGCUAUGAGGACACAGGCGCCUACACCUGCAUUGCUAAGAACGAGGUGGGGGUGGACGAGGACAUAUCGUCUCUGUUUGUGGAGGACUCAGCCAGAAAGACACUGGCAAACAUACUGUGGCGGGAGGAAGGGUUGAGCGUAGGGAACAUGUUCUAUGUGUUUUCUGAUGAGGGCAUCACGGUGCUGCAGCCCAGCGAGUGUGAGAUACGCAGACACAUAAAGUGCACCGAGAGGAUCAUGGCCAGCUAUGAGGAGAUGUGCCCUAAAAGUGAAGGUGUGUCUCCGGAACACUGUGUGUGGUCCUCAGCGGUCAGUGUGAGGGAUAAGUACAUCUACGUCACCCAGCCCCUUCAGAAACGCCUGCUGGUCAUCGACACCCAGGCCCAGAAUGUGGUACAGACGGUAGAGACAGAUCCUUUCCCAGUGAAGCUGCUCUAUGACAAGUCACAUGACCAGGUCUGGGUGCUAAGCUGGGGCAGCAUGCAGAAGUCCCACCCAACCUUAAAGGUGAUUCCCCAGGCCAGUGUUGGAGAGGUGCACCACACCAUCCGCACCCCCUUCCAGAGGGUUGAUGACUUCUUCAUCCCCCCAACCAACCUCAUUAUCACACACGUCAGGUUUGGCUUCGUCUUCCUCAAAUCUGAACCUGCAGUGCAUAAGAUUGACUUGGAGACCUUCCACCGAGUCAAAACCAUCAGCCUGAAGAACUACAGCUGUGUGCCCAUCAGCAUGGCCUACACACACCUGAGUGGCCUUUACUUCAUUCAGUGCCAGUCUCAGAGCAGGGACCCCUCGUCAGCCCAGCCACAGCUCCUCAUCGACAGUGUCACCGACACUGUCAUUGGGCCCAACCUCAACAUCACGGGCCAACCCUAUGUGUCCCCGGACGGCCGCUACAUCAUCACCCCUGACCAGCAGCGCGGCAAGGUCAGAGUUCAAACAGUGUCCUUCCAGGGGGUGCUGGGUCUGAGCCGGGAGCUGGACACCUCUCUCCUUGUGUCCGACCUGAUCUUCCAGCCCUCCUUCACUAAGUCCAACCAGUACACUGUGGUAGCUGCCUCUGGCUCAGGCACAGACCUGUUCUUCUCUGACCUGGCGACAGGGCACACUGAGGUCCUCAGAAGCCUCAAGGAGCCCCUGUCACACCACACCUGGCCCUGGGGGGGGCCCAACAGGGUGGUGGUGUCCAGCGGACUGUUUGGCCAGUACUUGGUCACUCCCUCAGCGGAAUCCCUCUUUGUGGUGAACGGCAAACUGAACACGCCCCACUGUGAGGUGUCAGACAUCAAGAGAGGGAACACAGUGGUGUGGGUGGGAGAGGUAUGA